CUAAACACCACCCUCACCAUCACCUCCACACACAUUCCCUCCGACCCCCACACCUUCCAAAACAAACCCCUUGAAGCCACCCGGCCACCCCCCUCCCUUUCCCACUCUGUGCUCUGAGCUGCAUGCUCACUGUCCCAUUCAGCCCUAUGGGAAUUUCUCCUCCCAACAAGCUAGCGUCAGCUACGUCUGUCAGCCAGAGUGGAUGCAACGGCAGCAGCGGCGGCAGCAGCAGUGUGGCAGUACCAGUGACUUGGCUCAGGCGUCAGCCAGCCUAUCAGUGACAUUCUGCCUCCACUUGACAGAGAGGCGGCACGGUUCAUCCAGCUCAGCUCAGACUGGGAGGAAAAGUUCCCUCUUGUCCUCUUUCUUUGGCUCUUGAGCACAUUCUACUAAUUUAUGAAUGACUGAGGAAGGAUGCCCUGCAACUUGAGGAUACUUUUCUCAUCUGGACACACGGUGGCUGUGUUGGACGGCUGAGGGGAACGUGAUGCUGUGCUCUGCGCCUCUUGAGCAGGGAUGACCGAAGCCUUCUGGUGUCCACCCUCCUCCUACUCUUCGUUCUCUUUCUCCUCUGCCUCUGUGCUCCCCUCUGGCAUGCGAGGGUCAAGUCAAGUCCUCCCUCCAACUGUGUUGUGAUCCUGUUCCUCAUCGCCACACUUGACCUGAAGGCUUCCCAGGCAAAACAAAGGGAUUAACUAUGAACUUUGCUCUCACCAGGAGACACAGUCUGCCCUUAAACAGAUGACUGUGAGAUCUGCUGAAAGUCAGCUAAGAUCUUCCUGAAAAUGACGAAUCCAAACACUCUUGUCAUGGUUGGAUGCUAAUAAACACAAGAAGACCAUGGAAGGAGAGAGCAUACUGAACUCCACUGUAAAUGCCAGUACAAUGGAUAUCCAGCUGGUCACUCACAGUCUCUGGGAGGUGAUCACCAUUGCAACUGUGUCAGCUAUAGUGAGCCUCAUCACCAUUGUGGGGAAUGUCCUGGUGAUGCUCUCCUUUAAAGUCAACAGCCAGCUAAAGACAGUGAAUAAUUACUACCUGCUGAGUCUGGCAGCUGCUGACCUCAUCAUAGGGGUUUUCUCCAUGAAUCUCUAUACCUCUUAUAUACUGAUGGGCUACUGGGCCUUAGGGAACCUGGCCUGCGACCUGUGGUUGGCGGUGGACUAUGUAGCCAGUAACGCCUCAGUCAUGAACCUGUUGGUGAUCAGUUUUGAUAGAUAUUUUUCCAUCACCAGACCUCUGACCUACAGAGCCAAACGGACUCCCAAACGAGCUGGGAUCAUGAUAGGUUUGGCCUGGCUGGUGUCACUUAUUCUGUGGGCCCCACCUAUUCUCUGCUGGCAAUACUUUAUAGGAAAAAGGACUGUCCCUGAGAGGCAAUGCCAGAUCCAGUUUUUCUCUGAGCCUGUGAUAACCUUUGGGACAGCAAUUGCUGCCUUUUAUAUCCCUGUAUCAGUCAUGACAAUCCUAUACUGUCGAAUCUAUAAGGAGACAGAGAAGAGGACCAAAGAUCUGGCGGAGCUGCAGGGGAUUAACUAUCCCACAGACUCUGGGGCCACCCAGCCUCAGAAGACCAUUAUCAGAUCCUGUUUUAGCUGUAAACUAAGGUCGGCUUCACGUGACAGGAAUCAAGCUUCUUGGUCUUCCUCCAGCAGAAGCAAUGCUGCCAAAUCAGCAGCCACCACCAAUGACGAGUGGUCCAAAGCUGGUCAGCUGACCACCUUCAACAGUUAUGCCUCCUCCGAGGAUGAAGACAGGCCUGUGUCUCCGGGUGGCUUCCAGCCCUCCUUCAGGAACCAGGCUUGUGAAACCAUCAAGAGUGGAGUGGGCAGCGAGGGCGAGCAGCUCAGCAGCUAUGAAGAGGAUAGCUUCUAUCAGACGCCACCCAAAAGCAACUCUCAGAAGAGCAGCAAGUGUGUGUCCUACAAGUUCAAGCCUGUGGCCAAAGACACUCACGUGGAGCACCACAGCAAAAAUGGGGACACCAAAAUGGCGUCGUCAACAUUCUCCUCAGCCGAGUCCAUGAGCGUUCCAUCCACCUCCUCGACAUCUAAGCCCAUAGAUGCCACGCUGAAGAACCAGAUCACCAAGAGGAAGAGGAUGGUGCUGAUCAAGGAGAGGAAGGCAGCUCAGACUCUUAGCGCUAUCUUGCUGGCCUUCAUCCUAACAUGGACACCUUAUAACAUCAUGGUGCUUAUUUCCACCUUCUGCUCAGAUUGCAUUCCCCUCUCGCUCUGGCAUCUGGGUUACUGGUUGUGCUACGUCAACAGCACCGUCAACCCCAUGUGCUACGCCCUUUGUAACAAGACUUUCCAAAAGACCUUCCGUAUGCUCUUACUUUGCCAGUGGAAGAAGAAAAGGAUUGAGGAGAAACUAUACUGGUAUGGACAAAACCCAGCGGUCACCUCCAAACUGACAUGAACUAUUAUUUUUCUAAGAUAGUAAUGAUGAUGGCUAUAAAUUAUAUGUUUGUAUUAAUAAUCUUGGCUUUAUGAACUGGAAUUCUACAUAUUAGGUGAUAUCAAACUAAACGUACUAUAUCAAGGAGUUGCUCAUUAAUCUGUAGGUCUGCUAUAGUGUAUGUUAAUUACUGCGCAGACUUUGAACAUUUGAACACUGUAAAAUUGUCCCUAUAUAAUCAGUGACACUGUAAAUAGAUUCUAAAAUAUUAUAAAUACCAGUAUUUUCCCCCAAAAUUGAUGCUCUUAUGCAGGAAAUGCCAUCAAUUAACACACAUUAUAUCAUAUUGCACUGUAUUUAUUUUCAAGAUGCACAGUGUGAUAUCUGGAGACCAUGAUAAAAUUUCUCCAAUCUAAUAAUUUACACUGUACAUUGGUUUAGUAUUAUAUUAUAUAUAAAUAAUAUAUUAGUAUUAUAUAUAAAAUUAUAUAUAUAUAUAUAUAUAUAAUUAUCCUCCACCAAGUUGAUGCUCUUACACCCAAAAUGUCAUAACACAUGCAGAUAUUUGUUAUUCUGUAGGUAUUGUGUUGUAUUGAGGAUGCACAUUUUGGAAUUGCUAUUUUAUUUUUAAAGGGCUAAUACGUGUCGUCCUGAUGUCAGAAUCUGCUUGUUAAGUCGAGAGUGUCACUUGAUGAUAAUUAAAGCCUUUUCACAUGUGCCAAUAUCUUUUGUCAGACGAGUGAAUAUAGAUUCAGCAGCUCCAUUGUUUUCAUAUUACAUGUUCUGCAUUUUCUGUCCUGCAAAAUCUCAGUGGAAACUAAAGAGUAAUGGUUCAAUAAAUUAAAUCACAAAAUUAAUAAAUCACCCCAAACGGAACCCUACAAACUAAAAGACUUGUCAUUUUACUCAAACUACAUGACAAACUUGCUAAACAAUGAGUGUUUACAAUGGGAAAAGAGUGGAGGAUUUAAGAGCACACAUUGUUUAUUAUAAUCUGUUUAUUACUCUUCAUCCUCAGGAUAUUUUUUUUUUCUUUGAUCAUUGAAAUACAGUAUUUGUUUUCUCUGAACUAUUGUAGCUAAAUCAUAUGUCAUCAUAUCUUUAUUGUAUUUCUGGCAAAACUGUAAUGUACUGUGGUAAAAAAAAAUGCUGUUUGUGAAACGUUCUGUAAGCAUU